AUUUAGGCCCGCGGCUGACGAUUAUGUAAUACUUUUAUUUAUUAUUUUAACUGUAAAAUGCAAAAAUGCUUCUUGGAAACAGCUAUGAAAAUAAUGAGGAAAAAAUUGGUGAAUAGAUUUAUAAGUUUGGGAAUUAAGUAAAUAACAAUAGCGAGCAUUUUCAGUCGAUAACCACAGACGACUGCCCAACCCUACUUCGGGGCAUGGAUUGUUUCCUUCUCGUGAAUUACGAGAUUUCGAGAUUACUAUUUUCAGAACAAGGUAUCUAUCUCGGUUUUAUUUCAAGCGUCAAUGAUCUCUCGGUGAAAAAGUGAUAUUUUAUAUAUUUUCAGUGUAAUCGGAUUGGUCUGUUUGGUGCUGUUGUCACGAGGAAUGUGUGAAAUAUACUCUACGUUGAAGCAAAAUCUUUGUUGAACAUGAAAAUGAAGGAGGGAGUUGAAAUUCAGCAGAUGAUGGCGGUGGAGAGCUGUUUGUGCACCUUUCAGUGCAUGCGACUGAGGAUCGUCUAAGCAUAAGGAUAGCAACAGAAUCGUGCAUGUGUUCUUUCAGGCACUCAAAACAAUAUCGAAAUUCGUAAAACCUGAAAAAUCUUUGUAUGCAGUUGGCUACAAGUUGUCGUCGAAUUUUGUAGUGUGCAUUGUCAUUAAACCGGCGGACGAUAAAGCUCAACUUCAUCUUUUAUAUGGAAUUUGGCAUGCGACUUAUGAAGCUUUUCUUAAUGUACUGUUCAUUGAAUGUUACACCAGGCGCAAAUAAGGGUUGACCUGGAAUAAUAAAACGACGCAUGCGUAGAAAAGUAAAGUGUUGUGCGUAAAGAAUCUUAUCGGAAAGAACUGUUUGCAUCAUAGUUAGUUACUUUUCACAGCUGAACUGAAAAACGAUCAAAUUUAAAUCAUGGAACAAUUCACUCGUCGCGUACUGUAAAUAUCUGCUCCCCAAGACAAGUUGUGAAAGGUUAUAGGAAGUGCACGAUAAGACAACAUGUCUUCGGGUACGUUUGUGGAUAGAAUAGAUCCGUUUGCGAAGCGUUCCUUAAAGAAGAAGACUAAAAAAUCGCAGGGCUCAUCGAGAUACCGGAAUUCGGCAGAUUUAGAACUACAGCCCCUCCCUCUUCUAAAAGAUGUCCCUUCAUCAGAACAAGAGGAACUCUUUAUUCGCAAAUUACGCCAGUGUUGUGUGGCAUUUGACUUUAUGGAUCCUGUGGCCGACCUGAAAGGAAAAGAGAUCAAGCGAGCAACCCUCAAUGAACUUGUUGACUAUAUCACUGCAGGUCGGGGUGUCCUCACAGAACCAGUAUAUCCAGAGAUUAUAAAGAUGAUCUCUGCCAAUCUCUUCAGGACACUUCCGCCAAGUGAAAACCCUGAUUUCGAUCCAGAAGAAGAUGAUCCCACGCUGGAAGCAUCGUGGCCACAUUUACAGCUGGUAUACGAGUUUUUCCUGAGGUUUUUGGAGUCGACCGAUUUUCAGCCAACUAUUGGAAAAAAGGUCAUAGACCAAAAAUUUGUACUUCAGCUGCUGGAUUUGUUCGACAGUGAAGAUCCUCGAGAACGAGAUUUCCUUAAGACUGUGCUUCAUCGUAUAUAUGGCAAAUUUCUUGGGCUCCGUGCAUUUAUUCGUAAACAAAUAAAUAACAUCUUCCUAAGGUUUGUCUAUGAAACUGAACACUUCAAUGGAGUUGGUGAGCUACUUGAAAUUCUAGGAAGUAUCAUCAAUGGAUUUGCACUGCCACUGAAGAAUGAGCACAAGCAGUUCCUUGUUAAAGUGCUUCUACCACUUCACAAAGUAAAAUGUCUCUCUCUCUACCAUGCGCAAUUGGCUUAUUGUGUUGUGCAAUUCCUGGAAAAAGAUGCUACCCUUACAGAACCUGUGGUGAAGGGGUUACUGAAGUUCUGGCCUAAAACCUGCAGUCAGAAAGAGGUAAUGUUUCUUGGAGAAAUUGAAGAAAUUUUAGAUGUUAUUGAACCAACACAAUUUGCGAAAAUACAGGAGCCACUUUUUAGACAAAUUGCAAGAUGUGUUUCCAGCCCUCAUUUUCAGGUUGCUGAGCGUGCUUUGUACUUCUGGAACAAUGAAUACAUCAUGAGUUUAAUAGAAGAACACAACAAUGUGAUAAUGCCAAUAAUGUUUCCAGCUCUGUAUCGAAUAAGUAAGGAACACUGGAAUCAGACUAUUGUGGCCCUUGUGUACAAUGUGCUCAAAACAUUCAUGGAGAUGAAUAGCAAAUUGUUUGAUGAGCUCACAGCUUCAUAUAAAGCUGACAGGCAGAAGGAAAAGAAGAGAGAGAAAGAAAGAGAUGAGCUGUGGAAAAGGCUUGCAGAACUGGAGGUGAAUAAUAAAGUAAAAAAGAAAUAACCCUAACAUGAUUAAGUGAUGUACUAUAAAGAAGAAUCAUAGAACUUUAUUUGCUGUUAUAUUUGUUGUGUGAUGAACGUGUGUGGUGACCAGACUAAAAGCUCUCGGUGAUUGUCAGUGUUAGUCUGGUAGAGCAAAUGAGAAAAGCAGCAGCCAGAUUGGUGCUAAGCUAAAUUUGUAAGAAUGUGAUUACUUCAGCUUCUAACUUGUCUUGAGAGUUGGGAACAUGAUGUCAGAAGCUAGAAGCAGGAAGACUGGGCGGGCGGGAUUAUUGUUCACCUCUGUGUGUACCUCCAAACCCAGAUAAUUCUUAGCGGAUAAACUGAAUAUUGAUGUGCAUCCACCAAGUGCUACUGUUCUGCACAAAUUGUUGGCAUUUCCACUGACUGAAAUCUUAAUAAAUAUUAAAUAUAUUUGAUGAGAUAUUGUAUAGCAUGUAUACAUUUAAAAAUGCCUCAGAAAAUAAAUCUGCAACAAAAUUAAUGUGUAAAUCAAAAGUUUUAUUUAAGUGUGCUUGUAGGCAAUUUGUUUACAUUUCAGAUGAUUGUAAAUUCAUCAGUGCUUCUCCUUUCUGUUUGAAGUUGUUUUCUGAUUUUUUUCCCCCUAAAAUCCAAAUAGUCAGAGUUUCAGUGUUUAUUUUUGUGAUGUUGGAGUAGAUAUUUAUGGUAAUACAACAUUAAAGAAAACAAUUUUUGCCUAUAUGACCUGUCAGUCUUUUAUAAAAGAUAUUAACUGAGCCUUCGGAUGUGUGGAGCAGGCUUUGGGUGCCCCAUUUUUUAUUUCUGAAAUGAAUUCUUUCACAUUUUUCCAUUCCCUCCCCCUAAAAAAUAACUUUGUGUGAAACAUUACCUGCCAACAUCACUUUGAAAUUGUAACAUUUGUAAAUGAUCAGAAUUUUGUAAGUGCUAAUUGUUUUUGGAAAAGAGAGUGGAUGACUGCACAUUAUUUAUUUAUUUAUUUAUUUUGAAGAGCUGAAUUUUUAAGGUAAUAUUGGACAAUUUUUUCCAGUCUGCUGCUGAGUGACUGUAAUGUCAUAGUAUUAGCAAUCACAUUGUUGUUCAAAUAUUAAAAAAGUAUAUAUGUAUAUUCCACAAAAGAACUGUAUUCAUCAGUCACCUAGUUGUUGGACACUUAUUAGUUUAAUAAAGAAAUGCUUAAUGUUUUACUGGAAUUGUUCUGUCAUUCUGUAAUAUUAUCAAUUCCAGAAUUGUGUAUGAGGCUUGAACAGAUGCUAGCAUUAUGUGGAUUCUCAUAAUUGUUUUAUAGUGGUCGCUAAAUGAAAUUCAAGUUGUAGUUGUUUUUAGAGUUCACAGGAUAAUUUUAGAUUAUGUUUUCUUGUAAUAUAAUGAUUUAUUAUUCUUGUUUCCUUUUUCUUUUGUAAAAAUUUCACUUUAUCAUUGUUCAGUAUACCAGUAGCAGGUAAUGUUUAUUCUGUUGAGCAGGAUAAAACAUUUCGAGGCAGGACCUCUUUGAUGUUAGUUAUGCUUAAAAUAGCAUUCCAAUCGAAUAAUGGAAUUCACAAACCCGUCACGCCCUGCUCUUUGUAGCAAUGAAUAAAUGGUAUUUAUGCAGGUACCUUGAAAGUGAUUCAGAAAAUUUGGGAUCAUUUAUAUGCCUUUGAUUUCAUGAGGGAUAACAUUUGUUAAUCUAAACAGAUAUGUGUCGGUAUUUAUUAUGCAAAGACUGAUGAAAGGGUUACAGUAAGCAGUAAUGAAAGUUGUGGAGCUCCUGUCAGUCAGGCUUCUUAUUGUGCCAGAGCCCACGAAUGUUACUAAAAAUGGGCAAAUUUAUCAGAAUUUAAUCACUAGUCUUAGAAAUAACAAAUUAUAACAGAUGCUACUGAUACUGCCAUUUGCAAAAGCAAAGCUAUCAGUCUCACACUGUAAAAGGGUGCACGCAGUAGUCAUGUUUAGGCAGCAGCCCCAUAUGUUAUACAUGUGUAGGUGUGGGUUUAACAAUUUCACUUGAUUAUUGUAAUACAUAAGUAUCAUGAUUCUUCUCAAGUGCAUUGCUUUUUGUUCAGCUUCUAGUGUCCAAACAUGGUUUUAUUCCAAAUUAGAAAAAAUACAAAUUUCAUGUGCUUUUUCUUGACUAUAUCUUUGAUACUUGAACACUAUUUUAUGGGAAACAUCAUGUGAUUGAUCAUGCAUUCAGUUUUCACAUGCCAUGGUAUAGGACAAACACUUUUUCAAUUAUGAACUGAGAGCAGUUGUCAAAAAAAGUAAAUUCUGCAAUUACUAAACCAGAUUGUGUCUUCUAACUCUUCAGGAAUGAUUUGCACUUGUUGAGUAGCCAAAGAUGAUAAAACAAAACAAAAAAUUGGUUAUGUGAAAGAUUUCCAUGAAUUAAAACAGCUGCUAACUUGAUACUUACAUUUUCAGUUAAUAAAAACCAAUUCUUAUUUGUGAGCAGUGUCAAUAUGUAAACAGUUUGAUAGUGCAUAAUAUUUGUACCUAUCAAUCUACCUUAAUUUCCAUUGUAUACGUGAUAGAGUUAAAUAUCAUACAUAAACAUAAUUUUAUACAUAAUUUUGCUGUGGCAUUAUUUAAAAACAUGGUGGCAUAGGCACCUACCCAAGGCCCCCCCCCCCUCCCCCUGUUUACGCCUUAAUAUUCACUGCCUCCCCCACCCCCCAAAUGACCCCAAUGUAAGACGCAAAGCAUGUUCUGUUGUGUGAAACAACAGAAUAUCUUCUAUUUGGCUCCUGUUUCUCUUCUUAUUUUCACCACUAGACAGGCUGUGUUAGAACUGUUAUUUUCUUUUUUCUCCCUCUUUUUAUAAAUGUUGUGAUUCUCACUGCAAUUUACACAUCUUCAGUUUCUUAUUUAUUGUCCCCUUCGUACAGGAAUGUGUAAGACACCAUGUUGAUGAUGACUGAAUUAUCAGAUACAGAAAAACUGAGGAAACCAGCAUGUCAGCCAUGUUCAAUAAGAGGGAAAUUAAUGGACCUGUAAUAUGUGAGGUCUGGUUUUGACCAUGAAGUGACACUGUCAACAACAAUCAUUUAUGUGCUGGCAAAUACCUUGUCUUUUUUGGGUAGAGCACUAGACCAUUUGGUUAGAGAGAGAGAGUGUGUGUGUGUUUUUGCAUGCUCAGUUAUUCCCAUCAUUGGUUUUAUUGCCUCAUUUUAUAGUUGCUAUGUGUAUAGUUCUAAAAAUAUGUUCCUACAAAAUUCCUGUACAGAAAAGAUGUUCUAAAAAUUCAAAGUGACUUAUGAGAUUGCAGGUUUUAUCUUUUAAUAAAAAGGAGAAACUUUUGACUUUGAUAUGACAAGAGUCGCAGUUCAUAAACAGAAUGUAUUGUUUGGUAAUGUAACAGUUUGAUUUUGUAAAUGAUGCGAUUAUGCAUUUGUAAACUAUUCCAAUGCACAGUGAACCAUACACUCUGAAGGCCAGUGGAUGUUUAUAAAGUAUGUGAGCCUGUACUGUGAAAUGUGAUAAAUGGUAAUGGGACAAUUUUGUCACAGAGCAAAACCAGAGGUUUAUCAUGAGUACUAUAUAGAUUUUUUUUGACAUUUCACAUUACAAGGCAUUAAAGAAACCACAAAACAUUUUAUUCUUGUUUCCAGCUUAUCAUUACAAAACAUAUAAAACAUAUGGUGUAUUUUGUUGUAAUUUGCUGUGAUUCAUAUUUUUGUGAUGAUCACAAAACUUCCGCACAUACGUAUUUGUGUGUGUGUGUGUGUGUGUGUGUGAGAGAGAGAGAGAGAGAGAGAGAGAGAGAGAGAGAGAGAGAGAGAGAAUUAAAGUAUGCAUGUACACACAAAUUUUGUUUUGUGUAUCUGUUGUAUUAGAGUGAAUUACAGAAAUCACAUGUUUUAAAGUUGUCUCCAGGAUUUAACAACAGUUAUUAAUUCAUGAGUAAUAAUGAUGUGUAUGUAUUUUACUUCUGAAUUUGUUGAAUGUUUUUAUUGUGUGCAUGCAAGGAUGUAAGAAUUCAACUCGUUUUUGCUUUGUGAGACUUUAAUCAUUGUGUUCUGUAAUGAGGAAGAGUCAUUCUUGCACAUAAUGUCAUUUCUUGGUUUUAAUACCUCCACAGUGCUGUUUACUAACUUUGUAUACAUUUGAUUGAAACCUGAAUGCAUAUUGUCACAUGUUUACUAUGGGCGUUAAAAUACUGCCAUUCUGUAGACUCGUGUCAACCGAAGCUAAUAAAUGUUGACACAUUUACCCAACUAUUCUGUGCCAAAUCACAGAUGACCAUAUAUAUCAGUUAAUUUGCAUAACAUAGGAUAAUUCAUACUUGAUUUAAAUUUUUGUAUGCCGUAUUUGCUUAGACCUCAGCUGGGACAAACUAAAUGUUGAAAUGUCUACAUGGUUGCCUAAAAAAAAGAGACAGAAGGGGAGGGAGAGAGAGAGAGAGAGAGAGAGAGAGAGAGAGAGAGAGAGAGAGAGAGAGAGAGAGAGAAAUAUAUAUGGGUAAAAGAAUGCAUUUUUAAGGAAUUGAGUGCUGCAGAGGUGGUGUACAUCAGUAAUUUCUUGACUGUUUAUAUGCCACAUCCCUUUUGUAGAGAAGUGAGAUGUACCUAAAUAAUGUGUAAUUGAAGAAAGUUGUCUUUCUCAGGACAUUUCCACAUAAACAGAACUUGUUACAGAAGCAAAACAACAACUAGUGCUGUUAAUCCACUUUCUCGCCAUUGUUGCAUGUUAGAAACCCUACUCCCAGAUCCAGCAGUGUUAUUUUAUAUGUAAAUAAUGUGCAUCAGUGAGAACAUAUACUUUCCCAUUUCUUCCCUCCAGAUUUGAGAAAUAACGGAUCUGAUGGAAAAUGCCUUUUAUAGGAAUCUGAAGUGUCAUGGAAACUAUUAGUAUGUAUAUUGCAUUGAAACCAAAUUUUAAAUGAAUAAAGAGUUGCAACUUGUGCUGUA